CCUCCACCUCCCACCCACAUAAUGUCUUCCCCAGUCACUGCGGCCCGCUACGGCAAGGACAAUGUCCGAGUAUACAAGGUCCACCGCGACGAGAAGACGGGCGUCCAGACCGUCACCGAGAUGACCGUCUGCGUCCUGCUGGAGGGUGACAUCGACACCUCCUACACCAAGGCGGAUAACAGCGUGAUCGUCGCGACCGACUCCAUCAAGAACUCCAUCUACAUCCUCGCCAAGCAGAACCCCGUCACCCCGCCCGAGCUCUUCGGCUCGAUCCUGGGCUCCCACUUCAUCACCAAGUACAACCACAUCCACGCCGCCCACGUCAAGAUCAUCACGCACCGGUGGACCCGGAUGAACAUCGACGGCAAGCCGCACCCGCACUCCUUCCUGCGCGACAGCGAGGAGACCCGCAACGUGCAGGUCGACGUGACCGAGGGCCAGGGCAUCGACAUCUCCUCGUCGCUGGCCAAGCUCACCGUGCUGAAGAGCACCAACUCGCAGUUCUGGGGCUUCCUGCGCGACGAGUACACCACGCUCGCCGAGACCUGGGACCGCAUUCUCAGCACCGACGUCGAUGCCGCCUGGAACUGGCGCCGGUUCAGCGGGCUGGACGACGUCCGCGCCACCGUGCCCCAGUUCGAUGCCACCUGGGUCGCGGCCCGCGACAUCACCCUCAAGACCUUCGCCGAGGAUAACUCCGCCAGUGUGCAGGCCACCAUGUACAAGAUGGCGGAGCUGAUCCUGGCUCGCCAGCCGUUGCUCGAGACCGUCGAGUACUCGCUGCCGAACAAGCACUACUUCGAAGUUGACCUGAGCUGGCACAAGGGCCUCAAGAACACCGGCAAGGACGCCGAGGUGUAUGCGCCGCAGACCAACCCCAACGGGCUGAUCAAGUGCACCGUGGGCCGCACCUCGAAGGCCAAGCUGUAGCGUGAUUUGGCGAUGGAUGGAUACACGACAUGGA